AUGUCAGAGGAUAUUAUACUGGACUUAAUUAAAGAAUGCGAUAAUUGUAAUGAUAAUGUUUUUCAAGGUGAUAAUGAAUUAUUCAAAAAAUUGGAUAGUAAGCUAGAGGAUUAUGAUUGCAAUAAUACUUGCCAAUUGCAUACAGUUUAUAAUAUACCAAAUAAUAAUGAUAUUAAAAAAUUUUAUUUAUUUUUGUAUAAUAAAAUAUUAGAUAUAAGACAUUAUGAUAAUAAUAAUUGUACUUGUUUAAAUUUAUGGAUAAAAAAAAAAGAAAUACAAUACAGAAAUAAUUCUUUAACAAACAAUUAUAUGCAAUUAUGGAAUAAUCUUAUUAAAAAAUUAUUCCAGGAAUUACAUUCAACGAGUGCUGAUGGUUGUGAUGAUGAUUAUUGUUGCAAUUGGAAACCAAAUAUACCUGAGUCAAUAUUUUCAUCAGAAAUAACAAGUGGAACAAUCAAAGUAUCAACUGUUUUUUCUAGUGAAUUAUCGUUAAAAAAUUCUUCUUUUUUUCAUUCACCAAUAAAAUACAUUUUGUCUGUUUGUAUUACUAUGUUAAUAUCAACUAUUUUUAUAUUUUACCUUGUAUAUAAUUCAAACAGAAUAAAAACCUUUUUAUAUAAUAAAAGUAUAUUAAAGUUCUUAAUAAAGAAAAACUUUAAAAAACCUAAUAUAUAUGGAAAUUAUGAGGAUUUUUUAUUAGAUUCAACGAAUAAUAGGAUCAUGGUACCGUAUAUGUCAAACAAUAAUUUUUAA